CUCACAAAUUAUCUGCUGCCACAGCGUUACUCUGUCACACGACAGAGACAGAGCAGCCUUACUGUGCAGUGUGCACCGCCAAAUCAAAAACCCAGCGACCCAGAAAGAGCAAACAAAAAAUAAAGGAAAAUCCCAUCUCGAUAGUCCUCCGUUCCCACCUACCCGCAGCCCUUCCCCUCCAAUUUCUCCUCCGGCGACACUCCAUUGGCAUUGCCCUUCAUUCCCAGCUUCAAGCUUCUCCAUUCAAACCCCAUUAAGAAUUUUCUCUGAAGAUUCCCCAUCUAAAUCAACAUUGUGUUAUGUUUCUGACUGUUUUCCCAAUUUGUUCUUCGCUGUAGCUGUAGUGCUUUGCUUUUUUCUAGCUUCAAUCUCUCGACCCUUUACAGUUUGGACCAUGAAUCUCUGCUUCCUCAGGGCUUCCGCUGUUCUUCACAAUCCCUGAGCUUGGAAUCUCCCUUUCUGCAGAUUCAUUCGCCCAUCUUUUGCUGUUCUUUUAUGGCAUUUAAUCUUAUCGUCCUUUAUUUCUUAAACUCCAGGUUGCCUGUGAAAUCUCUGUCCUCCACUUUCCAACCCCUGAAAGCGAUUGCAUUUGUGCUUUAAUGCUCAUCCGCUUGACCUAAAUUGGGACCCAUUCUCCGUUAAAUUUUCUAUUCAAACCCCAUAAUAAAAAAGUAGAACGCCCAUUUAAGUUUUUUCUCCACAAGUAACUCGUGGAGGCCAGAAAUUCGAUUGCUUAGGUCAUAAAAUCCUCAAUCUCCUUCUUUGUCAAUUCUUUGAUAUCAGCUCCCGUUUACCGAAGGAAUCAUAAAUGUAUGUGAAAGUUUCUAAUGUGACACAAGGCAAUAUUCUACGCCGGCUUCUUUAACUUCUAGAGGCCUUCCAUUCUAUGUUCAGGUUUAAAGGGGCUGUUGCCGUUUUAUCUUGUUAUCUGCGUUUUUAAGGUUGUUCAAAGAUGCUUGGAAAGGAGAUUUUUCUCCUUGUUUCGUCUUUGGUGCUCUGUAUCUUUAUCGGGUUCUUGCUUUUUCCGGUUGUCCUUUCGGAAAUCCCCUUGGGCUCAAAAUUUUCAGUGGUUGAAAUGAACGUCUGGGUCUCCUCAAAUGGGUAUUUUGCUCUUGGGUUCUUCAACCGUUCUGACCAGCCAAGCCAGUUCAGCGUUGGGAUACAUUUCAAUUCGGAUUCUAUUCCGGCAAGCAAUCGAAAAGUGGUGUGGGUUGCCGGAGCUGAUGUUAGUGUUGGUGGCAACUCUUACUUUCAGCUUAUGCAAAGUGGAGAACUGGUUUUGUUUGAUUCCUUAAAGGGAGUUUUUGUAUGGGGCAGCAAAACAAGCCAUUUAUCGGUUUCGUCAGCUGUUCUUGGUGACAAUGGCAAUCUUGUCCUAAUGAACAAAAACAAAGAGGUUGUGUGGCAAAGCUUUGACACUCCAUCCGACACACUUCUCCCUGGACAGAACUUAUCCAUUCGUCAGACACUUCGAGCCGCCAGUAGAAAUUCGGUGUCAAGUUACUACAGUCUUUGUUUGGAUGUUUUAGGCCAGUUGCAGCUUAGGUGGGAAAGCGAUGUGAUUUACUGGACUAAUGGGAGCCCUUCUCAUUCAAAUCUAAGUCUAGUCCUCGCUUCGGAAGGAGCUCUGCAACUUCUUGACCAAAGAUACAAGGUGGUUUGGUCUGUAUAUGGAGAGGACCAUAAUGAUUCUGUCAGUUUUCGGUUCCUUAGGUUAGAUGUUGAUGGUAAUCUCCGGUUAUACUCAUGGGUAGAAGCUUCGAGGUCAUGGAGAUCUGUUUGGCAAGCUGUUGAGAAUCAAUGCGAUGUCUUUGCAACCUGUGAUCUUUGUGGUAUCUGUGUCUUCAAUGGUUCAGGGUCCGCUGUUUGUAAAUGCACAUUUAGUGCAACAGCUGAGUCCAGCCCAAAAUGCUUGGUUCCGUAUCAACAGUCUUGUGAGUCUGAUUUCACCAUGUUUGCAUACGAGCACACAUUUCUGUAUGGGAUUUACCCACCAAAUGACACAAUUAUCACAACUAGCUUGCAGCAAUGCAGGAGCUCAUGCCUCAAUGAUCCACUUUGCACUGCUGUGACCUACACAAAUGAUGGAACUGCAAGGUGCCGAAUGAAGAAAACCCAAUACAUCACUGGUCAUUCAAACCCCUCUCUCAGAUCAAUAUCUUUUGUUAAGAUGUGUUCAGACCCAGUUGCUGUAUUGCCGAGGUCUCCCAUAUUUUCAGCACACUCUUCGCCGGUGAAACAACCAUAUGGACUCUGUAUGCGUUGUCAAAUUGGAGCAGCCUCAGCUGCAUUUGUUGCAUUUUUCAUAAUUCAGUUUGGAAUUGGUUUCUACAUCUACAAGAAAAGAAAGUAUAUCCGGAAGAAAGCUGCUGUGGCUUAUAUAGGUUCCAACUCAAAAGGUUUGAUCAUGUUAUCCUACAAUGAAAUAAUGGACCUAACAGGGAAUUUCAAGCACCAAGUGGGACCACAAAUGUUUAAAGGCAUUCUUCCAAAUGAUCAGCAAGUGGUAAUAAAAAACAUUGAGGCAGACAUAGAAGAAAGGAAGUUCAGAAGUGCUGUUCUGAAGUUAGGGAGCAUUCAUCACAAAAACCUCCUGAGGCUCGAGGGAUACUGCUGCGAGCCAGGUCACAGAUAUUUGGUAUAUGAGUUUGCCAAGAAUGAUUCUUUAGACAAACAUCUAAAAGAUUCUAAGCUGAGCCAGAGCCUUAAUUGGCGAAAGAGAAUCGACAUAUGCCUGAGCAUUGCAAGAGCCAUUUGUUAUCUCCACACUGGAUGUAGGGAAUUCUUCAGCCAUGGGAAUUUGAAAUGUGAGAAUGUGGUCUUGGAUAAAAGUUUUGAGGCCAAGGUGACUGAAUUUGGGCUGGGAAGAGUCCGAGAAGAUGCCUCGCACAAGGGAAGUGCUGCAGAAAAGGAUGUACAUGAUUUUGGGAAAAUGGUUCUAAUGCUAGUCAGUGCGCGCCUCGAAGCCGAGGAUGUUUCUCGGUGGGCUUAUGAGGAGUGGGUGGGUGGGCAGGCAAAGAGGGUAGUGGAUGAAAGGAUUGAAGGUGAGGUGGACUUAGUAGAGCUGGAGCGUACACUGAGAAUUGCAUUUUGGUGUCUUCAAGUUGAUGGUAGGAUGAGGCCUCCGAUGGGGGAAGUGGUUAUGGUUUUAGAGGGGACGUUGAGUGUUGAUCCCCCGCCACCUCCUUUUGUCUGCCGAAGGCCAUCGGUGGAAGAAGAUUCGUCGGAGUAAGGCUUGGAAAAGUAGAAUUCAAUUGAGAUAGGAAGAUGAUUCAAUUCAUUCUUAACCCUCAAUCAUCAUUUUUGCAUAAAGGGCUAACGACAAAGGUAGGAACACUGUAAAUCAUGCUCCACUAGAGCCAGGCAUGCCAUUUUUUUUUCCUCAACAGAAAGAGACAUGGUAACUAUUGUGACAAAAUGAUUGUUCUGAUGAAAUCGGCUGGAAUGCUUGUAUUUGCCAAUGUGAGCCCAUCAUGAGCUGGGCAGUUUUUUCUUUCUUUUUGGCACAUAGGGCUGGAAAGUCAAGAUUGUAGAAAUUUUAGCAGUGGGUUUUCUGUUUUCUAAUUAUUCUUCUGACUAAAAUGAAUGUUGAUAAACUCUUCAGGCUGCUGUUGCU